CUGCAUUUUCAUUGGUUCACUUCAAAAUAGCCAGGCAUUUUCAAAACAGAGGAGAGUGUGAGUGUUGGAUAAGUGGAAUUUUUGCAAAAGAAAAUGAAGAAUAAACCAGAAAAGGAGAAAAAUCAAAACAUCCAAGUGUCUGUACGAUGCAGGCCUAUCAAUGAAAUUGAGAAAAAGCAGGCUUCCUACUCAGUGGUGGAUUGUAGUGGGGAGAAAAGGGAAGUAAUCGUGAAGGAGAGAUUAGGUGUCAACCCCAACACAAAAACCUUCUUCUUUGAUCAUGUCUUUCCACCAGCAGCAAAACAGAUCGAUGUGUACAAGAAAGUUGUCACACCCAUUAUUGAUGAAGUACUCAUGGGAUAUAACUGUACCAUUUUUGCAUAUGGACAGACGGGUACAGGUAAAACCUUCACUAUGGAGGGAGGGCGGGUGGAAAGUCAUGAUGUGUCCUGGGAGAAGGAUCCUUUGGCUGGAAUCAUUCCUAGAGCCAUGUUCAACAUAUUUGAACAGCUCUCUAAGUCACAGGAUGUUGAGUUCUCUGUGAGGGUGUCCUUCCUGGAACUCUACAAUGAGGAGCUGUUUGACUUGCUGGGGUCCUCAGAAGAUGCCCUCCGCCUCAAGAUCUAUGAAGACAGUACUAAAAAGGGAUCAGUCAUUAUACAAGGCCUUGAGGAAGUGGUAGUCAGAAACAAGUCAGAAGUUUUUGAAAUCUUAGAAAGGGGCUCAGCUCGAAGACAGACAGCUGCAACUCUCAUGAAUGCCACAUCUAGUCGUUCUCAUACUGUGUUUUCUGUAACUAUACACAUCAAGGAGAACACAAUAGAUGGAGAAGAACUGCUGAAGACAGGGAAACUCUAUCUGGUGGAUUUAGCUGGAAGUGAAAACAUAGGUCGUUCUGGUGCAGUUGACAAGAGAGCCAGGGAAGCCGGUAACAUUAACCAGAGUUUGCUGACCCUGGGUCGGGUUAUUACAGCUCUGGUGGAACAUGCACCACAUGUCCCAUACAGAGAGAGUAAACUGACUCGACUUUUACAAGACUCGCUGGGAGGAAGAACAAAGACCUCCAUUAUAGCCACCAUUUCACCUGCCUCCUGCAAUCUAGAGGAAACCCUCAGUACUCUAGAUUAUGCUUUCCGAGCCAAGAACAUCCAGAAUCAACCAGAAGUAAACCAGAAACUUACAAAGAAAGCAUUGUUGAGGACAUACAAUGAAGAAAUAGAGAGACUAAGACGAGACCUCCAGGCUGCGCGGGAGAAAAAUGGCAUCUUUCUUGCUGAAGAAAAUUACAUUGCCAUGCAGACUAAGAUUAGGCAACAGGAAGAUUCCAUUCAUGAAAUGGAAGAACAGUUAGAAGUUCUCACAAAAGAAAAGGAAAAAAUAAAUGAGUUGUUUGAGACAACACAAAAGGAGCUGGAAGAGACAACCAAAACUUUAACGAAGACAACGAAUCACCUGGUCCGGACAACAGGUGCCCUGGAGGAGACGGCACAGACCCUGGAGGUCACGGUGAAGGAGCGAGAGGAACAGCGCUACCUGGUGUCACAGCAUGUCAAUGCUGAGAAUUGUCUUUAUGGGGAGGCAACUCAGUUAAUGUCCACUGUCUCUUCCACGAUAUCUGACGUACAUGGACUGCAUGACAAACUGGACAGGAAGAGAUCUGUAGAGCGUCACAAUGAACAGUGUCAGAGCGAGUUCCAGGGGACGUUUAAUAAAGAAAUCAACAAGAUAGAAAGCAAGCUGGGGGCUUUUGUACAGUCACAAAAAGACUUCCACACAAACCGUACACAGAGCAUAGCUGAAAUGCUGGAGAAGGGAAGAAGUGAAACAGACACGCUAGGAGAAAUAGUCAGCUGUAUGCAGGAAAAACUGAGCGACCAUGUGACCUCAUUACACCAACAUACUGACACACAGACAGAAUCUAGGUUGUCCUGGAUAGAGAAGACUCUAGAGGAGUCCCAAAAUAUACAGACAUCAGAAGCAUCUAGGAACCAACAAUUCUAUCAGGAAACCUUUCUGACUUUAAUGAAGAGUGCUCAAGAAAGACUGGAGAUGUCUACACAAGUGCUACAGCAAGAGUUGGAGCGUUUUCAGCAGCAGAAGAAAGAUUUUGAGCAGACAACUCAAAGCUGGACAAACUCCAUCUCAGAGCACCUGAGUAAGAUGAAAAACAUGGUUGGAGAAUUCACAACGGAGAUGAACCAUAAACUCAACUCACUUGAGCAAUCUCAGAGUGAGAUGAAUGAACUUGAUGAGGAAUUGGAGAAAAUUCUAAUUAAGAAGAGAAAGCUCUUAAGCGAGUCUAGGACCACAACUAAAGAGUCUCAUACUCGAGUGGGCAAGUUCUCGGAAGAAAUCAGCAUGGAAAUUGACACACACGACAGUAACUGCCAUGAUAAUGCCAAGUCUGUCAUUAAGGAGUUUCAAGAGACCUUUGUGUCACAUGGAGAGGAAAUCUCAAAGGUUUCCAGUGAAUUAGACAGCUGUAGAGAUUCUUGUGGACAGAUUUCCCAGAAAGUUAAUGAAAAUAUGGAGCAGGGCAACAAGGUGCUGAGUGACUUUGGACAGAGACUGGGUGAAAAUGUGGAAAAGGAAAAAUCUCUGGUGACUGCAGCCAAGGAAUCUCAUCAUCAAAUGGUGGAGGGCAUGAAAACAGACUGUACCUGCAGCUUAGAAAAGAUUUCAAUGAGUAAAGGGGUCGUGAGGGAAUUAGUGGAUUCUUCAUCAGCUGAUCUAUCCAAUCAGAGUUGUCAGAGCAAUGAUCACAUGACUCAUUGGUCUGAACAGUUACAGGCGGAUCUAGGAAAUAGAGUGGAGGAUCUCAAUGUUUUCUUACAGGAGAAAAUAAGGAAAGACUUACCAACAGGUACUACCCCACAGAGGAGAGAGAUCACAUACUCCCAGAAUCUGACCAGGACUGGGCGCCACGAGGAGUUGUUGGAGGAGUUUGGAUUCCAGCCUCCUCCUAUCAAGGCUAACCUUAUGAGGAGCCUAGAACUGGCCGCCCAGGAGGAGGAAACAGAGGGGGAAAAUAUUCAGAUGGAUGGCCUGGCCCAAGUGACACACAAGGACAUAGCAGAUGACGUCAGUGAGGCAGGAAGUGACAUGUCGUGUUCCUCCACCACGUCAGGAGUGUCUGUUUUCAGUUACUCCAGCAAGACUUCAGAAACCAAAGAAAAUAAGAUGAAGAAACCCAGAAAAAUGAAAGUAAACAGCGCCAACAUCACCCCACGAAACAAGACAAGACUUCCACUACGAGCCAGCAACAAUGAUUCAUAGAGAAGGAUUUAAACAGAUUGAUCUUUUAUUAAAAAAUAUUUCAGAUGUGCAAAGAUCAUGAUUUUAUGAACACAAAACACUCGAUUUUGAAAUGCUUGUGCAAUACUUGUGCUUUUACCAUUUUCAUUGAGAUGCCUGCCUUCACAUACAUGUACUACAUGUAUAUCUCCAUUAACUGUGUGAUCAAUAUGCAUUUUGGCUCAGAGAACUGGUUCAGAAUUACUGGUAUCUUCUAUUACAGCUGAAAUCACAUGAUUUUCUCUCUCUUUAUAUUAGUUUCAACUAUGUUUUCUAUUCUUUUUCUGCUGCUGUCUUCUAUCCUCUGAAUUUUAUUUGUAAUUUAUCUGUUUUAUAGAGAUGUAC